UUUAUUUGUUUUGUUUCUGCAGGUAUUUAGUUCCGCGUUUUGAGUUUACAAUCGAUUAAGUAUGUCCAGACUGGACUACAGUAAAUGGGAUCAUAUUGAAAUCUCCGACGACGAAGAUGAAACACAUCCAAACAUUGACACACCGAGUUUGUUCAGAUGGAGACAUCAGGCAAGAGUAGAACGAAUGGAAGAGCAGAAAAAGGAAAGAGAGCAAUUGGAAAAAGGCAAACAAGCACAUAAGCAGAAGCUUCAAGAAGUGGAACAGAAAUUGAAGAGCCAAGCUCUUAGUGAAGCGGAUGCAAAAAAGAUGAGCAUGACCAAGGAGGAGCUCAAGAAACAAGAGGAGGAGUUCCAGAAGAAAGAGAGAGAAUUGCUCAAAAAAGAGAAAGAGCAACCAUGGAAUAUUGAUACAAUUUGUAAAGAGGGUUUCAGCAAAUCCGUGAUAAAUAAAAAAGCAAACGACGAUGAUAAAAAUAAAACAGAAGAAGAAUUAUUUGAAGAGCAGAAGUUGUUCCAGCAAAAAAAUGAAAAACAACUUCAACAUUAUGGGAUGCUUAGUAAAGCAGCUGACAGUCGCAAAUACUUGCAAGAAAACCCACACCUGGUUUCUGAGAAAGCAGCAAACUAUUUGGUGAUCUGGUGUAUUGACUUACAAGUGGAUGAGAAAACAAGUCUCAUGGAACAAGUCGCCCACCAAACAAUUGUCCUCCAAUUUAUCCUGCAACUUGCGAGCAAAAUGGACACAGACCCGCGAAACUGUUUCAAUGCUUUCUUCAACAGAUUCGAAAUGUCCAAUGCUGAUUACAUGGAAAGUUUUAACGAUGAGUUAAACUCUUUUAAAAAGAGGGUGAAAGAGAGAGCAGAAAUUCGUAUCCAGGAGGCGAUAAAGAAAUACGAGGAGGAAGAGAGACAGAAGGAGCUCGGACCUGGAGGAUUGCAUCCUGCUGAUGUGAUGGAAACGCUACCUGCGGUGCUACGUGAAUGCUUUGAAAAGCAAGACAUACCAAUGUUACAGAAAGCCAUCAGUGAAAUGGAUCAAGAAGAAGCUAAGUAUCAUAUUAAAAGAUGUGUGGAUUCUGGGUUAUGGGUUCCUAACGCAAACGCCAAAGAUGAUGGUGCAGAAGAAGAAGAAGUUUAUGAAGAAGUGGAAGGCUCCUCAGCUCCGGAUGCAAGCCCCUCUGCUUCAGAAGCAAACACCUCUGCCCCAGAGGCAAAAGAUGCUGGAACCGAAGUGUGACACAAAAUACUGGCUGAGAAACCACAAUAUUUUGUAAAAUUUGCCACUUAGAGACUCGCUGUCAUAUUUGUUAAUCGAGUAAUUUUUUUAACGUCCAUUUGAGUUUCAGCUUCCAAAGCAAUGGUGAGAAUAUCCCUGCCACCAUUUUAUGUCCAUAGUCACAUGCUUCAAAGAUCAACAAAGGAAUUGAAUGGGGAUUAUUCAAACUUUCUGAACUUGUUUUCUUCUGUCUGUCCGUUUUGGUUCUAUCUAAGCUAUUAUUUCACUUGUUUAAAUUUCUACGCUGGACCAAGUCAAAAAAUGAAACCGUCAAAAAACUACCGCAGUUAUACU